AUGAAGGCGUCGAACUUGACACAAGCUUCGCGAGUGUGGAACGAGACGUUCGACGAGUAUGUGUGCUCCAUCGGAUUUCAAGUAUCGGACUUCGGCCCAUGUCUCUACAUCAAGACUUCGGACGGCCAUUGCGUGUUUAUACUGGUCUACGUGGACGACGUCUUGGUGACUGGAAGCUCGCUCGAGCUGAUUGCACAAACCAAGAACGACCUGAAGACGCGGUUCGAAAUGACGGACAGCGGCAAGUGUGCGUUUGUUCUUAGGAUCGAGCUUUUGGACGGUGAAAAUGGCAGUGUGACACUAUGUCAGCGUCGGUAUGUCGAUGAUAUCCUCAAGCGCUUUGGCAUGGAUGAUUGCAAGGCAGUCGCAAGUCCAGUCGACAUGAGCUCUCGACUUGUUUCAAGUGAUGCAACUACCAAGGUCGAUGCUCCUUUUCGCGAAGCUGUUGGUGCGUUGAUCCACCUGACCACUGCAACGCGUCCGGACAUUGCGUUUGCUGUGGGCUAUGUAUCGCGGUUCAUGGAAAAUCCCCAAGAAGAACACUGGGUUGCAGUUAAGCGUAUCUUUCGCUACCUACAAGGCACCAAGACGCAUGGAAUUUGCUACAAGCCAAGUGCAAGGAUCGACUUCCGUGGAUAUUCGGAUGCGGAUUGGGCUGGUGAUCUUACCGACCGCAAGUCAACAUCGGGGUACACGUUCAUGCUACUCGGUGCGCCAGUGAGUUGGGGCAGCAAGAAGCAGCCAAGUGUUUCGUUGUCCACGAGUGAAGCUGAAUACAUCGCACUCAGCUUGGCGAUUCAAGAGGGCAAGUGGAUUCAUCGUCUGCUUUGUGAGAUCGUGAUGGCUGCCAAUGAAGAAGGACCGGAACUCAUGAUUCAUGAAGACAAUCAGUCAUGCAUCAAGAUGACGAAGAACCCGGUCAACCACGGCCGUGCCAAGCACAUUGAUAUCAAGUACCAUCACAUCCGUGAUGAGGUCAAGCGCGGUGAAGUGAAGCUCAAGUACUGUGAAACUGCGGUGAUGUUAGCGGACAUCAUGACGAAGGGACUUCACGGGCCACGCCACAAGGAGAUGACGGCAACUCUCGGGAUUCGUGAGCAUUCGGAUUGA